UCUGCAGCUGUCACAGUCACACUUGUGUAUCAAACACAGAGCAAAGAGGUUGACUUUAAAGAUAUUUUCUAUAUUUUAUUUGUGAGACCGCUUUUAUAAUGGCUUGUUGUAAAGGGCCAGGGUACUCGUCUCCUUUGGAAGCGUUUAAAAACGGUGCCAGGGAAAAACUUUUGUACGUCGUGUGCGUACAGCCUGACCUUACUAAACAAGAUUAUCUUGCGACUGUCGACGUAGAUCCAGAAUCUCCCACUUACAGCCAGGUGAUUCAUCGCACAUACACUGGAAGUGUUGGCGAUGAACUGCAUCACAGCGGAUGGAAUGUAUGCUCCAGUUGUCAUGAUAACCCGGAGUUGAAGAGAAAUCUUCUCAUACUCCCUGCACUGCAUUCUGCUAAGAUUUUUGCAGUCGAUGUCGGCACCAAUCCUAGAAAACCUGAGUUGCAUAAGGUGAUUGAUGGCGCCGAGAUGAAAUCGUUCAACUGUGCAUAUCCCCACACGGCUCAUUGCCUCGCAACCGGCGAUAUUAUGAUUUCAACCAUGGGAGAUAAAAAUGGCAAUGGAAAGGGCGAUUUUGUACUCGUUGAUGCUAAGACUUUAAAAGUAAAAGGUACAUGGACAAAAGGCGAUAAAAUUGCAAAAUUUGGUUAUGACUUUUGGUAUCAACCAUAUUAUGACGUCAUGAUCGCAUCUGAAUGGGGUAGUCCCAAGAGCUUUACAUGCGGUUUUCGUCCAGAAGAUAUUCCUAACAGAGAUUUGUAUGGAGUCUCACUCAACGUCUACAAGUGGUCUACUCGUGAACUGCAGCAGGUUAUCGAUUUAGGUGAUGAAGGUUGUGGUCCUCUUGAGAUUAGAUUUCUUCAUGAUCCAAAAGCCUCUCAAGGUUUUGUUGGAUGCGCCGUGGAAGCUAACAUAUUCAGGUUCUACAAAGCUUCAGAUGAUACUUGGAAAGCGCAGAAAGUUAUCGAUAUUCCAGCUAAAACUGUCAAAAAAGAUGGCGAAGAGUUCAAACUGAAUGGUUUAAUGUCAGACAUACUCUUAUCUUUGGAUGACAAAUAUUUGUACACUUCAUGCUGGUUGCACGGUGAUGUUCGACAAUAUGACGUCACGGAUCCGGAACAUCCCAAAUUAACAGGCCGUAUUGUCCUCGGCGGUAGAGUUGUUAAUGAUGAUUUAACUGUUAUUGAAGACAAGGAAUUUCAGGAGAUGACCCAAAAACCUGUGUAUGUAAAGAACAAGCGCUUGUACGGAUCACCGCAGAUGAUCCAACUGUCUUUGGACGGCAAACGAUUGUAUGUAUCGUCGUCUCUCUACUCUCCUUGGGAUAAGCAAAUUUAUCCCAAAAUGACAGAAAAGGGUGGAUGGAUAGUCAAGCUCGAUGUGGAUAUAGAAAAUGGUGGCUUGAAAUUGGAUCCAGAUUUCCUCAUAGAUUUUGGAUGUGAGCCAAAUGGACCGGUGCUGCCUCAUGAGAUGAGAUAUCCUGGAGGGGACUGCACGUCGGAUAUAUGGCUAGCAAAGGACUAAAACAUGAAGCCAUUCAAAGCAAAAGUUUUGUAAUCUGUUUAAUAUUUUUAAUUGUUUUAAUCCAGAUGUUAUUCAAUCUUUUAUACGUUAAUUUUUUUAUUAUUAUUUACCUAACUUUUUUAACAAUAAUAGUUAUCGAUUAAAAUAACAAUAAAAGGUCAAAAUGUUAAAAUCCAAACUCUAAUAUUGUUCAAGACUUGGUUGCAAAUACCUAAGACGUACAGUUAGUAUAUUUGAAACGUAAAAUAAUACAGCGCCCCAAGAAGCACACGCAAAAGUGUUAACUCAACGAAAGAUUUCUUAUUGAAGGGGUGGGGAAUAGAACAUUAUAUUGCUUUUAUCUCCCACACACAUUUCUCAUACUUACUAGAUAAUGUAACUCACCACACAGAGUAUAUCUUCGAUUUCAAAUAAAUACUUAUAAAAUAA